CAUUGGGAGCGUGCUGCAUCUACGCGGCCUAGUCUUGUUUUAUCUGUAUACAUAUGGAGACUGCUCCUGGUUCAUACUGAGCCAAACUGCAUGCCUUCGCCUGACUUGUGAAACUGCUACGAUUUCUUGACAAGUAUCCGCGUCUCCUGUCCCGCCUUGUGUUCUCCGGAUCCUCCUGCCCGCUGCUAUUUCUAUCGGACUGAACUUGUGGGGCACUAUCGCACGAGCGAAACCGUGCGAACAAAGGUCUGCCCUACAAUAUUACGCAAAUAAGCGACGAAGCCAAAGCCACACUUACGAUGUCGCCAUGGAUAUUUGACAAAGGUCCGAACGGGACAGCAUGGAAGUAUCGAAAGUGGCAAGACGAAGCUGUGGACUUGGUAUCUUUGGCAUCCUUUCUUGGGACGAUGGAACCUGCUUUGUUCGUGCUUGCAUGGAACGAGGGGGCGGGAGCUGCAGUGCUCGGUCGUACAACUGCGAAUGCAAUUCUCGACGCUUUGAGAAGUAGCCUCGCCGGAGAUAAUUUCCUUGUGGUGACCUUUACGACCCUCGCACACUUGUACGUACUGAUUUUCGUAUUGAAUGUGGCGUGCUCGUUGGAUCUGUUUACCGAUUUGACACUUCGCGCCCUUGUGAACCUCAUGGUAAAGAGAAGAAACGCUUUAGAUUUUGAAAUUGAUAGUAGAGACCACAAAUUUCCUCUUUGCGAUUACCCUAACAAGAAUACAGCCGUUACGGUGCUAAAAUCCGAGCGUCGACAGCUUGGCUACAAUGUUGACUAUCUAUCCGGGGAAAAGUUACCUGAUUCUCGAUCCGUUUUCGGUGGGCCAGAGUGGGUAUCGAACGACAGAUGGACAAUCACAUGGUAAAAGCCAACACUGCACAUAAGCAACAUAGACUGGAUAUUGAAGAUGACGCUUUCGACCAAGGAAAGACCCCACUUCUGAUGUUGGCCCCAUCCCCUCUAUUCUACGGCAGACCCCAUUUUAAGAAAGUUUAAGUUGACCAAAAACUCAUCUUGCUCAUGGCUUCGGCCAUCUUGAGCAGCUAUUGC